AUGUUCGACAAACUGAAGCGUAAAGUCAAAAACCUCAAGGACAACAACGACAACAAUGACAACGAGAGUUUACCCGAAUUUAGCGAGGCCGGAAAAGUCUCGAAACGGGAAAUAUAUCGCAACAGAUACAACUUUGGGGUGAAUUUUGGGUCUCUGUUUGUUCAGGAAAGCUACAUCUACCAUUCUUUGUUCUCUGAAGGCGGGGAUAACGAAUACGAGGCGAUUUCUGCCCUUGUAGCAAAGUCGUCGUCUGAAGAAGUGGCUAAAAAACUGCAAGAACACUACACAAGUUAUGUGACGGACCAGGACUGGGAAUGGCUACAGAAAGAGGCAGGUGUCACUGCCAUCAGGUUGCCAAUUGGUUACUGGCACGUUGAUAACGGUGCGUAUAUUGCGAACAACAUGAAAUUUCAUGAUUUGAAAGCAGUCUACCAGGCAGCUAAACCAUGGGAUGUCGUGGGUUCAAUCGUCAAGAAGGCUGCGCAAUACAACAUUGGUGUAUUGGUCGACAUCCAUGGAGUCCCCGGUGGGGCCAAUAACGAUGCUCACUCUGGCGAGAGCAAUAACGGACAAGCAAGUUUUUUUGCUACCGGUGACUUUGUUUCGAGCGUCGUGGACGAAAUCGUUCCCUUUAUCGUCAAGGACCUGUGCCAACCCAACGAAAACGUCAUUGGCCUCCAGGUGAUCAACGAGGCGGCUUUCAGUGAUUCUGCAAAACCUGAAAAGAAGUUUUAUUUCAAAGUGAUCAGUGCAGUCCAAAAUGUCGACGACACUUUACCUGUGGUGAUCUCGGACGGCUGGUGGCCCCAGCAGUGGGCAGAUUGGCUCGAGGAAAACAACUUGUCCAACAGUGUUGUGAUAGACUCGCACGUUUACCGGUGUUUCUCUGACAGUGACAAAAAGAAAACCGCGGGUCAAAUAAUCGACGAUUUGCCUCAAUCCGUGAAUUUUGCCAAUGACAAAGCCGACUACAUGGUGGGUGAGUUUUCGUGCGUGUUAGAUGGCCAAACUUGGGACAAGACCAAAGAAUCGCGCCAAGAAUGUGUGCGCAAGUUUGGUCAGGAACAGGCACGUGUUUUCCAAGAUAAAGCGAGCUGGGGAUGGUUUUUCUGGACAUUCAAGUUCCAAGAAGGCGACGGCGGCGAAUGGGGGUUCCAGCCUAUGAUCAACAGCGGGUCUUUACCCAAGCGUCCCCGUGUAGACCCGGUUAUUGACGAUGAAAAAGUCCAGCAAGUCAUCAAUGAUCAUGUCAACUACUGGAAGGACAAAGGCGGUGACAAAUUGGAGCAUUGGCGUUUCGAGGAAGGUCUUAAGACCGCCAUUGCCGAUAUCCGUUCGUUUAAUGAGUUUGACCAUUCCAGGGUGGGCAGAACUCAUUUUAUCAAGUCAGUGAGGAAAAGUCAGCACACAGCAGACAAAGGUAGCGGUGAAUACGUUUGGGAAUGGGAGCAGGGCUACGACCAAGGACUAGCAGUGUUUAACAAAUAUUAG